AUGAGAAUCUUAACAACAAGCGAAAGUAAAUUCAGAAGUACAAUAAAAAUAUUAGAAGAAAAUAAAGUUGAAUACCAUCGGUACCAAUUAAAAAUCGAAAAACCAUUUCGAGUAGUAUUACGAGGUAUAAAUCAUGAUUCCGAUAUGGGAAUAAUUACCAAUGAACUGUAUGACCAAGGCCACGAACUAAGCAAAAUAACUAAUAUACAGAUCAAGAAAAAAUCUGAUCUUAAAAAUAAAAACAGCAAAUGGACAUACAUAAGGCUACCAUCAUUCUUUGUAGAUUUAAAACCAUGGGAGAAUAAUAAAGACAUUUAAAACAUAAAACUAUGUCAUCAGAUAAUAAAAAUAGAACCACCACGUAAAAAAAAAAGAAGUACCGCAGUGUAAGAACUGCCAAGCUCUCGGACACACACAAAAUUACUGUCACGAAUAGGCUGUACGCGUGAAAUAUAGUGAAGGACACUGAACCGAAGAUUGUCCAAAAUCUAAAAAGACAAAAGCAAAAUGUGCAAACUGUGGUGAAAAUCAUACAGCCAACUGGAAAGGUUGCUCUGCUUACAAGAAAACAAUAGAAAGAGUACACCCAAAACAAGUCUCUGCCAUGCAAAGAAUACAGCAGAAACCUGUCACAGCAAAUGUUUCUUACGUGCAAAUAGCUAGCACUUCAAAAGUCGAUCCAAAAACAUCAAAACCAAAGGGAAACGAAGAAUUGAUUACUCUUAAUGAUAUUCUAGUCGAGUUAACCAACGUAACGCAGACACUAGCAAAUAUCACAGCAAUAAUGGAUAAACUGGAAAUAAACCAGACAAAGUCCAAGAAUACCUCGCAGAAAAUAAAAAAAUGA